GUAAGUGUCGGUGUGCGAUUAAAAUAAUAAUUUGCUGAAAUGACCUCAGGGCAGCGUAGGCGCCGCUGUUGAGUGCAAUCAGUCCGUACGUGAGGCGCCUAGAUGCAUUUGGAUUUGGAUUGGAAAUUGGCAUCGUCAGCUGAAUCAGAAUGAGAACAGUCGAUUGGGGAGCAGAGGGCAUCAUACGAGUCACGCGUAUCUUCUAAUCAAACAAGUUAGCUGAAAACGAGAUUAUCGCAUAUUUUUAUAAAGUAUUUAUUCGUCUAGCUACUUCCAACACUUUUAUCGACAUUCGGGAGUUGAGCAACACUGUCAAUAGUCCUGCCAGUUAAGGAACACCUGCCUGCAAUGAGUAGAAACCAGUUUAGACGCAACGCACCCUCGGAGCGGUCGUUGGCCAUGGACGAUGUGGAUAGCGAUGAAGCCGGUUACCCUGGCAACGAUGCCCAAAGCAAAGCGUCGAGCAAAACACGGCGAAGGAAAUCAACAAAAAGAAGCUCGAGCGUCCAUAAAUCUGAUGAGAUGGAUGACAACUUCACUGCCAGCUACUUUAGCUUAUGCGUCACAGGCCAAAUAGUAUCAGCCACAUUUCCACUGGGUCCCGACAAGGAAUUCAUCUUCUGCCGCUACGAAUUAGUUGCCGGACCGGACUGGCAGCUUGCCUCUGGAGCGCAGCACGGUCUCACACAGAUGUCGACCAACAAGAGCGGCCACUUCAAUGAUAAAAUUGUCUUCAACAUGCCCAUCGAGGUCACAUACAAGAGCACCAGUCCCUUUGGCUGGCCACAGAUCUUGAUCAGCGUCUUUGGACAGAACGGCAGCAGUGCUGAGACUUUGUUGGGCUAUGCUCACGCACAUCUUCCGGUCUUCGGUAGCCAACGAGAGAGCGAUCAAUCCUCCGUUCUCAAUGAAGUUCCCAUUCUUAUGCCCAGGUGCCAAAGCAUGUUGGCCGACGUGACCAGUUGGCUGCUGCGUCGCCAGCCGGAGCUAAAAGAUCCCAAAGUGCUGUUGGACAAUCUGCAGAGCAAGGGUCUCUGCAUGGAGUCCUAUGGCACGUUGGAGCUGCAGCUGCACACGAUAAUGCGAGGAGCGCGUAAGCUGGGCUACCAUUGGCAUGCGUAAGUGCUGUCGGAGAUCUGUGAAUAAAACGUGCAAAUUAAACUCGGUUUGCAGUGAUGCAAACAAGCGUUUGUUCUAAUCUAAUUGGUCGAGGUGGUUGUUGGGUCAGGGAAAGAACUCUGCUGCAGGAUGGUUGCCUCAAACUUGACCAUGACCAGCGUUGACUGCCUCGACUUGGCUGGGCUGGU